AUGGGAAACAACACGUCGUCGACAAGAAAGUCGGCCGCCAGUAUGCGUGGCGCAGCUUACCGUAAGUCGUCGCAAUCUCAGACCACUCACCAGAACUUGGAGGAGGAAUUCAGCGACUUGAUUUUGCACGAAGUCAAGAGACAGAAACAGCACCAACUGCUGGACUUGCUGCUGGAUAUGCCGCUGCAACCUCUGUCUGAAAAGCAGAAUUCUCUGCCCAAGACUUCUGCUAGCUCGUCAGCUGACCCGACUUUGCAAGUCAUUCGGCUGCAGAACAAAUUCUCCGACGAUUUGAUAGAAGACGAGUUCAACGAGUUGAAUGAUGGACUUUUGGAUAACGACGCUUCUGAGGUGCUGCGGAGCAUCAUUCCAGACGAUGCAUCCGACAUGGAUGUCGACGAGGGCGCUGCAGGCGGUGCUCGAGCCCCAGGAGUGUCUGUCUCUGUUGAGACAGUGGAGAAUCUGACUGACCUGCUUAACGACCUCACCAAGGUGGACUUCACCAAGAUCUCGGCGUUUGUGCCCAAGUCUUCGAGCCAUCUGCCGAGUUCUGUGCUGCUGCGACUGCCUGUGCCGUUGACAUCCACUGGGAAUGGCCAGCCCAGCCAGAAUCUGAGUCUGAGUCAAAAUCAAGUCCAGGUUCAUGCUCAUGGUCUGUCGUUGGCUCACGAACACGGCAGCUCGCGCAAUAGUUUUGCGGAGUUGGUGCCUGUGGAGAUUAAGUGGGUCAACACUACGCGUGAGAAUAUCGCCAAGGUGGCCAUCAUUGGGUCGUUUUCUAACUGGAGAGACGUGAUUAAGCUCAAGCGCUCCAGCUCCCACCCCAACGAGUACUCUACCACCGUCAAGUUGACAUUGGGUGUGCAUAAAUUGCUCUACAUUGUCAAUAACGAGUACAGAGUCCUGGAGCAACUCCCUACUGCCACGGACCAGGAAGGUAUCUUCUUCAAUUGGUUCGAGGUGUUGGACCCCCACCGUUUGUUCAACCACUCUGCAAACCAACAGACACAUACAGAUGCCACCACGCCGUUUGAUGCCAACAUCAUCCAGGUGGCUGGCGAACACGACACACUGUUGAUCCAGAAGAAACUGAACUCAUAUUUGUUGAAAGAGUCCAAAUUAGAGAAAACCCAUCACGAACAUGUGGAGGAGCCAGAAUAUCUGACCUAUCACACUGAGGCGCUGCUGUCGUUUGUAAUGGAUGCCACGAUACCCAGCGACCACUACUCUUCGGAAAUUCCAGAGAUGUUUGUUAACUACGAUUACUUCAAGAGUAAGAGCGCUGACUACGAGCUCCCAGAACCGCCCCAAUUACCUGCGCACUUGAACAAUGUUUUGCUCAAUAAGAUGCUGGCUAAUCAGCAGCAAAACCAUGCACACAACAUCCCACAAGUAGGUGGAGACCCUGGGUUUGGUAAGCGUCCUGCACUUAGAAGGGCAGACAGCUCAUACUAUGCUUCUAAUAAAGAGGCAUAUCAUUUGCUGAUCCCCAAUCACGUGAUAUUGAACCACUUGAUGACUACAUCUAUUCGAAACGACGUGUUAACGGUUGCAUGUAUCACUCGGUACUCGGGCAAAUUCGUCACUCAGAUUAUGCACUCUCCUGCUGAUACUAUGACUGCAGGUGAGUAG